GAAAAAAAAAAUUAGAAACCAUUUCUGUUCCUCGGUACUGUUCUCUCCCUCCAGAGCUACCGCCGGAGAAUCAUCGGAGGAAGAUCCUCAGUCAAGUUCUGAUUUUUGUGGUUUCAAACUUUGAUUUCUGCUGCAACUAAACUACUUAGAACAAUCGAAAUCAAUGGGGUACUGUAGUUCCCCCAAUUCUUCUGCCGAUGACCUCAAGAAACAUGUAAUGGAGGUUUUCGAGGAAGCCACCAAAGACUGUGAGGACGAGUACUUGACUAGAGUAUUCGGCACGAUUGCGGACUACAACUCCCUUAACGGUUGUGCAAUUAAGUUGUUCGAUGCUGUGGGAGGUAUCGGCAUCACUGACAAAGCCAAAGAGCUGUUUAAGCCUGUCUCUAACUUGGGCAUUCUGUGUCCAGUGGCUAUCUUCACCAUGGUCAUUAUGAUCUACUCUGAUGCUCGGAAUGCCAAGGGUGCUCUCAAGGUCUACCGUCACAUGAUAGCCACUGGUGUCACCCCUGUCUCCUUCACUUACACUAUACUCAUCUCCACACUUGCACAAGACUUUUCCGAUGUAAAAUUCCUUGGGUAUGCCAAGAAGUAUUUUCUUGAAAUGUUGGAUAAGGGGAUGAAGCCCAAUCCUACACCCUACAUCAAUGUUAUGGAUGCCAUUGCCUACCGAGAGACCGAGGAGAAGGCCAAGGUGUUUCUUGAGCAGAUAAAAGCCAAGGGGUUCGUCCCUCCCGAACAUGGUUUUCAAUACAAAGAAGGCCACUUCACCGAAACAUUCCAGGCACUGAAGAUGUAUGCUCAUCUUCUCUACAAUGAUGCCACUGACAAGGAUGUUAAAGUGUUCUUCCGAUUUAUGCGCAACCACACUGGAACCCAUAAGAAACUGGCGAACAAGAUGUACAAUGCUUUGGUAGAGGAUGGAAAUGUAAACGAGGCCUUAGAGUUUUAUAACACAAUUCAGGAGACAGGUGCAGAGCCCCUGAUCCUAAUCCACACUUCCGUUAUUAAAACCUACCUCGAGUUUGGUAAGACCAGGAGUGCUCUGGAGGCGUACCUGGCCAUGUUAGCUGCUGGGGUUGCCCCCAACUCCUACACUUGCACCGUUUUAAUCAAGGGACUCAGUGCUGACCCCAACUUCUUAGGAGAUGCCAAGUAGUUUUUGCUUGAGAUGAUGGACAAGGGGAAGUGGCCCAAUGCUGCUACCUUCACUGCAGUGAUAGAGGGCUUUGCAAAGCAGGAGAACAAGGCAGCUAAGGAGGAGGGAAAAGAGUUUGUGCAGCUAAUGAUCAAUAAGGGGUUUGUUCCUAAUGCGAAGGCUAUGAUGGACAUUUUAAAGGGUAGACCAACACCUGUAAUUAGAAGUGCCAUGAGCAUUGUUCUUUCCAGCUUGAAGCAGUGAUGCUCUGGUUCAUGGAUGUUAUACCAGCAAGCUUUAGGAUUAGGAGGCUUCAGAUAUGUAGGAGCUAGUGAGAGUAGAAAACUGGAUUUCAGUAUAAAUUUUGUACUGUUCUCUAUUGUUGUGACUGUUGAUAUUCAAGUAUCCCGGUGCUCAUAUGAAAUUAAUGCUACAUUUUUAACUGUGCGGUAGGCGUUGUUGAUUCACAGCACACUUGCUAUUAAUUUUAAUGUUUCUUAUACAUUGAUUUUUCAUGCAUGUAGAUAGUGUAUUGAGAAAUCAGAACAAAUGAGAAAGCAGUUUAAAUUUUGUGGGAAUGGGUUUCAAAUUUCAAUAUGGGA